AUGCCCGUUGCGCAAGCCACCCUCAUCUCGAAUUUCCUUGGGCGACCUGCACCUCCAAUCAGACGCUGGUCACGACUCCGCCUCCCACAUGGUCAGAUUGCUCGUUCAGCAUGGAAAGAAACUGAAUCAUCUGCUGAGUUUAUACAAAUUUCGCGCAAUGUCAAGUUCCGUCGCAACGAUGUUGAUGAAUUCACUGAAGUCUUGUACUUCACACAGUUAGCUGAUGACGAAGAUGAUGAGAUUCCCAAACUCACAUGGGCAAAUGUCGCUAUGAUAUCUGUCUAUUCGCGCCCAGACCAGCAGCUCCUUGAUUUGUCGCAUGGAACUGUGUGGUCGUGUACUCACGACAAAGAACUUCAACUUAUUGAUGUCAGAAUGAUAACCGCUGUCAUUGCGAUGAUUCCCCAUCGUCCCACUUUGCCAUCUGGUGUUACGGAAGAUAGGUAUUUUAUGGUUGAGAAAACUGGACUUGAUGUCACGUUAACGGGAGUCGAGGUUGAAGAGGAUGAUCAAGAGGAGCAAGAGGAUCAAUAA